CACAUGUGAAAAGAAUACUUGGACUUUUCAAGUCUCGAAGUUUCUUCCAACUAAACCAAGGUUCAGAGAAAUUCUAAGAUGAGCAAAAGAUAUUAAAAUCAAAUUGUGAUAUCCUUAACAAAAAUUGCAGGUGAAGUUGAUCUCAACCACCAUACACACAAUCAUGAAAAACCAUAUACAGUUCUUGUUUCUUUCUCACAUUCUUUUUAUAAUCAUCAGUUCUUGCUCUGCCGCCAGCUGCUAUGACACAGGAAACUUCACAAGUAAUAGUACUUACGCCAAUAAUCGCUACCAAAUCCUGUCUUCUCUGGCUUCAAAUGUCUCUUCUAAUGGCGGUUUCUUCACCACCAGCAUCGGCCUAGAACCCAACAAAAUAUACGCUCUCGGGCUUUGCAGAGGAGACUCAAACACAGAGUCUUGUUUCGGCUGUGUCAACUCCACCAGUCAAGAACUAAUGGCAGAAUGUCCAAACCAGAAAGAAGCACUUUCAUGGGGAGGUGAUCCUGAAUGUCUUGUACGCUACGCAAACCACUCGUUUUUUGGAAUACUGAAGUUUGAUCCUAGUGAUGCUGGCUAUAACAACAGCGACAUUAGUUCUGACUUUUCGGAUUUUGCUCAGAUAUGGGAUGUUUUGAUGGAUAGGAUGAUUGACAGAGCUUCAAGUGGCACUUCCAAGCUUAAGUAUGCAACAGGGGAAGCGAGGGUGAAUAAUUUAUUAUUUCAGGACAUAUAUGCACUGGUGCAGUGUACUCCGGAUCUGUCUCCGACUGACUGCAGCAAUUGCCAGAGAGCUAACAUAGCUCACUAUCAAUGGUUCGACUCCCCAAGGCAAGGAGGUUAUGUUUUCAGACCUAACUGUAUUUUCCGGUGGGGUUCGUAUCGCUUUUACAAUGCUUCGGCUUCUCCUCCUCCAGUCAAUGUAAAUGGUUUGGCAGAUGAUGGAAGCAUUGAACCUGGAACGAUUGCAGCCAUUGUUGUUCCUACAAUUACCCUCUUUGCAUUUGUUGUUGCUAUCACUUGCAUCAUUCUGAAGCGACGACGAAAGAAACGCGAUCAGGAGGUUGAGAUUGCGGAUGAGGUUGAUAGUGCGAAAUCCUUGCAAUUUGACUUCGCAACUAUAAGAAUUGCUACUGAUAACUUUUCUGCUGCAAAUAAGCUUGGACAAGGUGGAUUUGGAGCUGUUUACAAGGGCAAACUUCCUGAUGGACAACUUGUAGCAGUGAAGAGGCUAUCGAGACAUUCGAAUCAAGGAGAAGUAGAAUUCAAGAAUGAGGUGUUAAUGACUAAGCUUCAACACAGGAACCUGGUCAGGCUUCUGGGUUUCUGCUUUGCAGGAAAUGAAAGGCUUCUCAUAUAUGAGUUCGUACCCAAUUCGAGCCUCGAUCACUUCAUAUUCGAUCAAACAAAUCCUACCAUACUCAAUUGGGAGAUUCGUUACAGAAUCAUCUGGGGCAUUGCUCGUGGACUUCUUUACCUUCACGAGGAUUCUCGUCUACGAAUUAUUCAUCGUGAUCUAAAAGCGUCCAAUAUUUUGUUGGAUGAAGAAAUGAAUCCGAAAAUUUCAGAUUUUGGAAUGGCAAGAUUGUUUGCAAUGGAUCAAAUUCAAGACAAUACUAACAGAGUCGUGGGGACCUUUGGAUAUAUGGCUCCUGAGUAUGUAUUGCAUGGACACUUCUCUGCUAAAUCCGAUGUUUACAGCUUCGGGGUAUUGGUUUUAGAAAUCAUCAGCGGUCGAAAGAUCAGUCAUUCAGUAUACGGGGAAGAGGCCGAGGAUCUCCUGACCUAUGCCUGGAAAAACUGGAAUGGAGGGACGGCUUUAAAGUUGGCGGAUUCGAUACUGAGCGUGGGUUCCAGAAGUGAUGAGAUGAUGAGGUGUAUAAACAUUGGGCUACUCUGUGUUCAAGAGAAUGUAAGCAGGAGACCAACCAUGGCUUCAGUUGUUCAAAUGCUGAGUAGCUCUAAAGUUUCCCUUGCAGCACCACUAAGACCUGCAUUUUUCAGAGGCACAAGUGUGGUGUCUGAGGCUUCAACGUCGCUAACAAAGACAAAUCAAUCCAAAAGUGAGGCUUCUAUUACUGAGUUAGUACCUCGCUAAUGCUUCCUACAUUUUUGGAAUCUUGUUUUCUGUAUGGAGCCUGGUUUUGGGGCAUUUGUAUUUUUCGGCCUAUUUGUGGUUUAUCUAUUUACAAUGUAGAGUAAGGAUUUAUUCGUGCGUAUAACCUUAAAAGCUGCAACGAGUUGCACUCUCUCUCUGAAUAGCAAACAACUCUCCCCAACUCCAUGGAUGUAGGCACAAUUUGUUUUGUAAGAAUCCAGUCUCAUUUCCUUAUUUCUUUAAUAUAUCUAUAACUCAAUUAAAUAAGUUUGAGAUUUACUAGUUGA